AUGAAUGCUUCCAUGUUUUAUGGGAAGCGCGUACGUGCGCAGCUUCACGUCAGACCCCCCCCAGAUGACAGUGAUGAUAGUUGUCUCUGUGACAGUGCAGGCAGCGAUGAGGAAUAUUUACCCAAGCCAGGUUAUGAUGAGAGCAGCAGUGAGAGUGACAUGAGCAGCAGUGAAGAAGAAAAUGUUCCUAAGCCAGAUGGUGAUGGGAGCAGCAGUGAGGAGGAGGUUGUCACCACCAGUGGCCAAGCAGCAAGACAGAAGCAAAAGAGACCAAACAAAGAAAAAAUGGCGUGGAAGACUGUGAAACAGACUCAGAGCUCUGCAAAAAAUGUGCCCAUGUGGCUCCCAGACAAUGACUCAAUCAGACUGCCUAUUGAAUAUUUCAGACAGUUUUUUGAUACUGAACUCUUAACUCUAAUUGUGAAUCAGAGCAAUCUGUACAGCACACAAGAAAAUCCAAACCAUGCCUUGAAAUUAGACCAGAAGGAAUUGGAGCAGUUUAUUGGAACUGUUUUAUACAUGAGUGUUAUCCGCUUGCCUCGCUCUAGAAUCUACUGGUCUAAUGCAUGUCGUGUCGACCAGGUGGCCGAUGUGAUGCCCCGUGACAGGUGGGAAGAAAUUAAGCAUUGCAUUAAUUUCAGUGACAACACGACACCCAACAACAGUGACAGGCUGUUCAAGAUUAGGCCAUUAAUUGAUUCCCUGCUCCCCAAAUUCCAAGCUCUGCCUCAAGAACAGAUGAUGUCAAUUGACGAACAAAUGGUGCCAUUCAAAGGCAGAUCUGUUCUAAAACAGUACAUCCCGAAAAAGCCAUACAAAUGGGGCUACAAAAUCUUUGUUUUGUGUGACACAAAAGGCCUGGUACACUCAUUUGAUGUUUAUGCAGGGAAAUCUGAUCCUCCACCGGGUUCACAAGACAUUGGGGCAAGCGGGAAUGUUGUGCUAAAACUUGCACAAGUUAUUGAAGGCUCUGUCAACCACCUGCUGUACUUUGAUAACUGGUUUUCCUCGCUCGAUUUGUUUGUAGCUCUUGCAAAGAGAGGGAUACCAGCCCUCGGCACUGUUCGGCAAAAUCGCCUGCGAGACUGCAGUUUCAGCAAAGACGAAACACUCAAAAAGAAGGGAAGAGGGACAUUUGAGGAGCAACAGGCUGUUAUUGACAGUGUGGAGGUUAGGGCUGUCAAAUGGUUUGACAACAGAGGGGUGAUUGUUGCCAGCACCUUUGCAAGUGCCCAGCCUGUGUCCUUCACAGAGAGGUCGGACAGAAAGCAAAAGAGGAAAGUGUCUGUGCAAUGUCCUAGCAUCAUCACCCUCUAUAAUAAGUUCAUGGGUGGUGUUGAUGCACUUGAUGCCCUCAUCGCCUACUACCGCAUCCACAUCAGGUCUAAGAAGUACUACCACCGAUUCUUCUUUCACUUUGUGGACAUGGUGGUUGUCAACUACUGGCUGCUCUAUCGCCGUGAUUGUGACAGUUUGAAUGUUCCACGGAAGAAGCAGAAGGACUUGCUGGCUUUCAGGCUUUCCAUUGCACAGGCCCUAUGCAUGCAAGGCAAAGAUCUGACGGCCAAAAAGAGGGGGCGGCCCUCAUCGGACAUGGAGCGUGAGUUCCAGAAGAAGCAGCGCAGGGGACCAACUAAGGCUAUUCCCACACAAGAUGUCCGUGCUGAUGGAGUGGGUCACUGGCCGCAAAUUUCCUGUCAUAUUUGUGUCUAUUGUGUUGGUGACAAUAACUGGUGGUGGUAAUAUUUAUUGUUGAAUGCCUGCUGUUGGGUGAAUAAAUAAAACAUUGUUUUUUCACUGUUA